CCUGGCUGGGUUCAGUCUAGCGUUUUCAAGCUGGACGAAGGAGAAGCGAAUGGGCCCACGGGCCUGGCCUUUGUGCUGAGACAAAGAACUUCUUGCCUUGUCGAGCACAGCACAGAUAGCAGCACAGGUUCUUCAGGUUCUUCAGACGCACAGUGCCACUCACAUAAUGGGACGUGCGACGAGAAGACGAAAAGGCAGGAGGACGACAAAGGAGGAGAGGCGGGCGAGGACGACCAAGGCGAGAGGAGCAGCAGCGACGAAGGCUUCAUGGGCAUGACGCCGCUACUGCAAGCUCACCAUGCCAUGGAAAAGAUGGAGGAGUUUGUACACAAGGUGUGGGAAGGUCGGUGGCGUGUCAUUCCUCACGACGUGCUCCCUGAUUGGCUGAAGGACAACGACUUCCUGCUCCAUGGCCACAGACCGCCCAUGCCUUCUUUCCGCGCCUGCUUCAGGAGCAUCUUCAGGAUCCACACAGAGACGGGCAACAUCUGGACACACCUGCUAGGCUGCCUGUUCUUCCUCUGCCUGGGCUUGAUGUACAUGUUCCGACCCAACAUGUCCUUUGUUGCGCCAGUCCAGGAGAAGGUGGCCAUCGGAAUGUUCUUCCUGGGCGCCAUCCUCUGCCUCUCCUUCUCCUGGCUCUUUCACACAGUCUACUGCCACUCAGAGGGCGUGUCCAGAGUCUUCUCUAAGUUGGACUACAGCGGCAUCGCCUUCCUGAUCAUGGGAUCGUUUGUGCCGUGGCUCUACUACUCCUUCUACUGCUCCCCUCAGCCUUGCUUCAUCUACCUGAUGGUGGUGUGCGUGCUGGGACUGGCCGCCAUCACCGUGUCCCAGUGCGACUUCUUCGCCACGCCGCAGUACCGAGGAGUCCGAGCAGGUGUGGUCUCCCUCGUGCUGCGCCCUCUGCGCUCCGUCAGCGUGUUGUUCAUCCACCGCUUGUUCCCCUCAGGUGUGUUCGUGGGUCUCGGUCUGAGCGGCGUGGUGCCCACCCUUCACUUUGUGAUCAGCGAGGGUCUCAUUAAGGCCACCACCAUCGGACAGAUUGGCUGGCUCUUCCUCAUGGCCACGCUCUACAUCACAGGAGCCUGCUUGUACGCCGCUCGCAUCCCAGAGAGGUUCUUCCCCGGCAAGUGUGACAUCUGGUUUCACUCUCAUCAGCUGUUCCACAUCUUGGUGGUGGCCGGUGCUUUUGUUCACUUCCACGGUGUCUGCAACCUGCAGGAGUUUCGCUACACAGCUGGAGCGGGCUGCACCGAGGACGGCAUGCUCUAACUCGCACACAGUUCACUUGUACCUUACUCACUACAGGGAGCAGCGCUUCUUUCUAACAGCGCACACCCACUAAAGUGGCUUGUUAUGUCCAAGUUGGCCUGACAGGGAGCGCUUAUUCCAAACUGACAGGAAAAGGUUCCCGUUUUGAAUCUUGCCUGCUUUUUGCAGACGUUGCUCCUACUUCAAAACACUUCUCAACUAGCUCACAACUUGACCUACAAUAACCACACAUUUUGGACAUGCUCAAGAUUUCUAUUGAAUUUUUCUAUUAAAAAUGGACAUUUUUGUUAGUUUGGAUGCCGUUUUCUAAUUCAUGUCUGAGAGCAUUCAUAUUUGGGGGAAAAAAACAGAAAAUGUACUUGAAUAUCUUUUACCAUUGUGAAUAUUAUGGGGGUGGGGGGGGGUUUCAUAGUCACUUUUAAAUAAAAUGAAAAAAAAUCUACUUUUCCAUGUAAAUAAGAUUUCUAAAUUUUGGUUCUAGAUUUGUAUGAAAUAUAUAUAUUAAAAAGGAACAAACAAUAUUUUGGUGACGAUAAGGGGUGCUGCAGUUAUUUCAUUUAUGCAAGAAGAGUAUUUAACGAGUCACUUUUUUCUCAGCUUUGUGCUUGGAACCAAAACUUUAUUUUAUUGCUCAGAAUAUUUUCUUAAUUUGCCCAUUUAUGUCUUUUUUUCUUUGCUUGCGUCUUUUUUUUUUCAGUCUAAGCGAAACCAAACCUAAAGAAAUCAAUCCAUCAAAAGACAUGAAAAGAUACCAAUAAACUGCUGAACUUUUACAAAUGUUUUGUUCUGAUGAAAAAACCCGAUUUAUUUUCUCAUGGAAUUUAUUUGAUUGAUUUUGUGUUAAUUUAUUGUGAUUGGGGUGUGUUUUCAUGUUGAUGGGAGUGACAGAGACCUUUACAUCUGCUGUAUCGUUCUAAUAAAAGCUUUUUAAGAAAGUCUUA